CAAAAAACUGAUAAUCACAGAUUCAAACACAUAUCCAAAGUAAACAUGAAACAUCAACAUAACAUAAUUAUUAUUCAACAAUACUAGUUGAUCCUUUUACAUUUGUCCACCUAUUUUACUGUCCUACUUUCACACACUCGUUUCCCCACCGCCGUUCACUCCAUCCAAUAUGUCAACCGAACCAUCACCGCCGCCGUCAGCCACCGCUAUUAAUUUACCGGCUGAUCCGUUAACCGGCGAAUUAAAUCGACAAAAUUCAAAUAAUAAUCCAGAGGUCAAGAAGCUGAAAAUUGAAGAUUUAAAUUGGGAUCAUUCAUUUGUUCGUGAGUUGCCUGGUGAUCCUCUAAACGACAUCGUUUCUCGUGAGGUACUUCAUGCUUGUUAUUCCAGAGUAUCUCCAUCUGCUGAAGUAGACAACCCUCAGCUGGUCGUUUGGUCAGAGUCCGUUGCUGAUAUUCUUGAUUUAGAUCCUAAAGAAUUUGAAAGAUCUGAUUUUCCACAUCUGUUUUCGGGAGCAUCUCCUCUAAAAGGAGGGUUAUCUUAUGCUCAGUGUUAUGGUGGACAUCAGUUUGGAGUGUGGGCUGGACAGUUGGGCGAUGGGCGGGCGAUCACACUUGGUGAGCUUUUGAAUUCCAAGAACCAAAGGUGGGAGAUUCAGCUAAAGGGUGCUGGGAAGACUCCCUAUAGCCGAUUUGCUGAUGGUUUAGCGGUUCUACGUAGUAGCAUUCGGGAAUUUCUUUGCAGUGAAGCAAUGAAUAGUCUGGGAAUUCCAUCCACUCGUGCACUUAGCCUUGUAAUGACUGGAAAGUUAGUGAGCCGUGACAUGUUCUAUGAUGGUAAUCCAAAAGACGAGCCUGGUGCUAUCGUGUGCCGUGUUGCUCAAUCUUUUUUGCGUUUUGGCUCGUUCCAGAUACAUGCUAAAAGAGGAAAAGAGGAUCUCGCCAUUGUUAGAACUUUGGCUGAUUACACCAUUAAACACCACUUUCCUCAUAUAGAAAGUAUGAGCAAAAGUGAUGGCUUAUCUUUCUCCACUGGGGAAGGAAGCAGUGAUGUUGUGGAUCUAACUUCCAACAAGUAUGCAGCUUGGCUUGUGGAAGUUGCUGAACGAACUGCUUCAUUAAUUGCAAGAUGGCAGGGUGUUGGGUUCACUCAUGGUGUACUAAAUACUGAUAACAUGAGCAUAUUAGGGCUCACAAUUGAUUAUGGUCCUUUUGGAUUUCUUGACGCCUUUGAUCCUAGUUUCACUCCCAACACCACAGAUAUUCCAGGGAGAAGGUAUUGCUUUGCAGAACAACCUGAUAUUGGCUCAUGGAAUAUAGGCCAGUUUGCAUUAGCUCUUUCAACUGCUCAACUAAUAAGUAAGCAAGAGCUCAAUUAUGCCAUGGAAAGAUAUGGUAGUAAAUUUAUGGACGAGUAUCAGGCUAUCAUGACCAAAAAAGUUGGCUUGCCAAAGUAUAAUAAAGAACUCAUUGGUGAACUGCUGAACAACAUGGCAGUUGACAAAGUUGACUACACAAACUUUUUCAGAUUACUCUCCAGUGUUAGGGCUGAUUCAAAUGUUCCCGAUGAAAAGUUGCUAGUUCCGCUUAAGGCUUCUUUGCUAGACAUUGGCAAAUCACGAAAAGAUGCUUGGACCAGCUGGGUCAAACGUUAUAGAGACGAGAUAUCUACUAGUGGUAUAUCGGAUGAAGAAAGGAAAGCGUCAAUGAAUUCUGUGAACCCAAAGUAUAUUCUCAGGAACUAUCUAUGCCAGAGUGCCAUUGAUAUGGCUGAACAAGGUGACUUUGAAGAAGUGAGACGCUUGCUGAAGGUCAUGGAAAGACCGUUUGAUGAGCAACCCGGUAUGGAAAGAUAUGCUCGGUUGCCUCCUGCAUGGGCUUACCGUCCAGGUGUUUGCAUGCUUUCUUGUUCCUCAUGAGGGCUCUUUUGCCCACUAGAAAAGAAAUGUAAACUAUAUCAAAGAGAGUUCCAUGUGCAUAAUAGUAAAGUUAUGUGCUAAAAGGGUUAGUCUUUUAGGAUUUUCAUGUUGUGACAGUUACAAAUUUUACCCUGUAAUAUGUUUGCUUUGGGGGGUAUUUAAUAUAGUCCAAACUCCUAAGGAUACAAGAACUCAAAGUAAAAGUGUUACAUUGUUGUGGAUUUCUUGAUUUUAGUAUGAAGAAAAGUAUAACCUCUUACUUA